GCCACGUCUGAUUUGGGUUCGGUCGUCCAUCUGUGAUGUUUCCCUCCACUUCAGUAGCUCAUUAUUCGUUAAUAAACCUCAUAGUGCUCUUGGCUAUCACCUUCAUCGUGGCACUGUCUCUUCGUUCUGCAAUAUCCAUGAAGCUAAACGUUCGUUUUGUUGGAAGCAACAGUUUUGCUGAUGACCGGCAUCCUGAUGCCGGUAGCAGAGCAGUAGAUUUCUUCGAUCGCCGUUACUUUGACACGAGAAAUUAUCUAGUCAGCCACGUUGACAGUGACCUAUUCCAUCGAAGCCGAAUGCCCGUCAAGAAAUACACCAAAGAAGAUGUGGUCAAAUGUUUCGAUUUUUUGUCGUCGUCCCGCCAAAGCGGAAAUCACCGGCCCAUGCAUUUCGCUUUCGUCGGAGAUUCGACCGUUCGCCAACAUUUUGUCAGCUUUCUCAAAUGGAUCCCCGACUACGAUCGAAAGACAACGGCGAGCAAUUCUUCAGCGUUCGCUGAAUACUACUUUCACGAGGACCGUAACGUGACGAGCGCACUUUUAAAUAACCUAAGAGUCUCCUUUUAUUGGCGCGAUCUCAUCAGAGAAGAGGUGCUAGCCGAUUUCGAACGAUGGACAUCGGCGAGCAACGAUGGCAACUCUACAUCGUCACCCGACUUCAUCCUAUUAGGAAUAACGGCUCACCAUGUCGGCACCAACGACGUCAGCCACAAUUUAGAGAUGUACGUCAGUCUUUUGGAAGACAAACUGCUACCUCUAGUCGAAAAAAGCCUGGCUGCUCAUCAUCGACGACAGAAAAUGGUGUGGUUGUAUCAAAGCCGAACGGUCGAAGAAACGACUCCCGAUGCUUACGACAUCUAUCCCGACCAGAUUGACAAAUACAACAACGAGAUUCGCCGCGUUUUCAACGGUUCAGGAGUGGUCAUCUGGGAUUCCAUCAGCGCCAUUGUCGAAGAAAACGUGCGGGCGUGCGCGCUGACUGCAUUCCAGCGCAGGGACCAGAAGAUGUACUCCAAUUGUUAUGAUUUUAUCCAUCCAGGAUUUGGGGCUGUAUCCUUGGGAAGUCAGUUGAUCUUCAAUCACCUAUGCUAAAAACCGACUAUAAAACCAGCAAACGAUGUAUAGGUAGGGGAGAGUGGGGGCAAUUGAUACACUUUUUGGUUUUUUGUAUUUUUUGGAAAAAAACUGAAAAAUUUAAUAUAAAAAUUAUAUAGAA